AUGACGCCGUACCAAAAAGUCAACUUUAUUAGCCAGACAAAAAUGAUGGUCCUCUUCCUCGCUAUGGCCCUCGCAAUGGGACACGCUGUGCCGGUCUCCAACUCCUCGAACGAAGUUGAAAAGCAUCUCCAAAGAUUUGGUUAUCUGACCAAAAACAACACGGGAAUUGUCAGUAGCAAGACCGAAAACGAAAUCAAGGAAGCCCUUCCAAAAUUGCAGAAAUCUGGUGGAAUCAGACAGACGGGAGUAGUGGAUGAGCCAACAUUGAAACCAAUAGAGAGUCGACGUUGUGGCGUGUAUGAUGUAUCGGGGAGCAAGAAAAGACGGUCCAAGAGGUCCACACUUUUAACCAAAUGGGAUAAACUUACUCUGACGUGGAGCGUGAAAAAACCAAUUCCCUAUGGACUUGCAUACGACGAAGUAAGGCGAGAGAUGCAGCGAGCACUAAAUGUGUGGGCAAAACACACAAAACUUGUGUUUGUAGAAAAAAUAAACACUGACAAAGUCGACAUCGUCAUGUCCUUCAAGAGGAAAUCCCAUGGUGACAAACAUGAUUUCGAUGGCAUUGGAGGUGUACUGGCACAUGCUUUCUUUCCAGCGUAUGGCUUAAAUAUCGGCGGCGAUAUCCACUUUGACGCUGACGAGGAUUGGACCGUCGAAAACACUAAAAUCGGUUCAAAAUCGCAUCUGUUCUCGGCCGCAGUUCACGAACUUGGUCACUCGCUCGGAUUGGGGCAUACCUCGACAAAUGUCAACGAUGAGUCGCUGAUGUUUGCUUUUUACAAACAGUUGCCUACAUAUUACGAAUUGCCACUAUAUGAUAGGAAAAACAUCCAACUGCUGUAUGGAGUUCCAGAAAUUAAACGAGGAGAAAAGAAUUCUCGAUUUACUACCACGACGACACAGAUACCUAAGCCUCGAUCUAAGCCAAAAUCGCUGCAAAGACAAAUAAAACUGAGACACAAACAUAAUUCGUUAAGUUCAAUGUCUAACCACAUUAUAAAACCCCAAACAACCACGCGUCGACCCACCACCAACUAUGAGGAGACCCGGGGAUGUCAUCUCGGGAAGUACGACGCCGUGAGCCUCUUAAGUGGGUCGUUAUGGAUAUUUUCCGGAGAAUAUUUGUGGUUGGUGAGAGAUAUGGAAAACCCUACUUACAAGGAGUCAACCAGAAUAGAUGGUUACUUCAAAUUCAACAAACAAAUCGAUCACGUGGACGCAGUUUAUGAAAGGUCUGAUGGUAACAUGGUGUUUUUUAUUGGUCGUGAGUACUACAUCUUCAAUAGGCCCAAUGUUUUAAUAUAUUCCGGGCCCCUCACCGAUUUUGGCUUGCCUCGUAAUCUAAAAAAAAUUGACGCUGCCAUGAUCUGGAAACACGACAAAGGGACUUACUUCAUUAGCGGAAUGAGUUACUGGAAGUUCGACGAGAACACUAAUAGCGUAGAACGAGAUUAUCCGAGGGACAUUAGGAGAUUAUUUACCAAUAUCGAGAGGAAUUUCAAUACUAUUUUCAACACAAACGAUGGUACAACGUACUUUUUCAAGGGAAGGUACUUUUGGCAGUUCCAUAAUGACGCGCGUAGGAAAAUAGUAGACACAAAUCCCAAAUUGUCGUCCCAGUACUGGAUGGGCUGCCCCCGAAAUGUGGACGACACCAACAAGGCGCAUCAUCGAGUUAUGAGGAUCAAGUAA